ACUGCAAGACAAAAAUACAUACACACACACACACACACGCACGCACACGCGCACACAGAGAGAAAUAAAUGCCUAGAAAAAGGCCUGGUAGGAUAUACACCAGAAUGUUAAGCAAUAAUCUCUGCAUGGUAGGAUUACAAGUGAUUUUUAUUUUCUUCAUCUCCUUCAGCUUCUUCGUGUGUGUAUUGUGCGUGUGUGUGUGUGUGUGUGUGUGUGUGUUUAUUUUCCAUAUUCUCUAAAAUGGCUGCUUUUCACUUUUAUGAUCAGAUUUUCUUAGUUUUUUUUUUUUCCUCUCCUGAUAGGAUGCAAUAUGAAGUUCAGAGCAUCAGUUAUUAAGUUUUCUUGCUAAAAUUGUUUAACUUGAAUCUAGAAAAGCUUUUAGACAUAACUUCUAGUUUGCAGGAAAGGAACAGAAGAACAUAUUAUAAAAAUACCGCACAGAAAUAAUCAAAUUAAAAAGGGAGGAAAUUUUAUAAGUCAAAUGGUCUAGCCUAAUCAAAAAGCAACUGUUGUAGAAAUAAAAUAGUGAAAGAUCUGUUCUGCACUAAAGGUGACAUCAUAGCAAAAUGCAAAGCAUGAACCAUCAUUGGCUCUUGGUUAUAAACAACCCCAUAAAAGACUUUUGGGGGACAACUGAGGAAAUGGAUAGAGUAUUAGAUGACACUGGGGCAUUAUUAUUAAUUUUCUUCAGGGAGAUAAUGCUUUUGUGGUUCUUUAAUAGAAUGUAGAGAAUAUCCUUGUUUCUAGAAAUGCAUGCUUAAGUAUUCAGGGGUGAAGUAUCAUAACACCUGAUCAAGAAAGCUAACAUGGGUGCGCGCACCGGCGGGCCGCCGUGCCCGGGCCCUAACUCGCUCCCCGUCCUCCCUGCUCCCCAGGCCAGUCGGCCGCAGCCAUGGCGCCCAGCUGUAAUGAUAUGAUCCUGAAGCCCCACUUCCACAAGAACUGGCAGCGGUGCGUGGCCACGUGGUUCAACCAGCUGGCGCGCAAGAUCCGCAGGAAGCCCUCAGCCCCCAAGAAGGGAGACAGCUCUGUUGCAAAGCUCAAAUUGGCCAUCCAGCUGACCGGACCAGUCAUGCCCAUACGGAACAUCUACAAGAAGGAGAAGGCCAGAGUCAUCACAGAGGAGAAGAACUUCAAGGCCUUCGCCAGUCUCCACAUGGCCUGCGCCAAUGCCUGGCUCUUUGGCAUCUGGGCAAAAAGGGCCAAGGAAGCUGCAGAACAGGAUGUUGAAAGGAAAAAAUAA